AAAUUACAUUUUCAGUUGCAUUCUUACCUCGACCUUCAGACAAUGAAGUUGUCUAGCGAGAACGUGGUGAUUUCUCUCCCCCCCACCCUGGGGGCUGUGUUGCGUGUACUUGGCCCACUAGUCAAGUACCGCAUUGAACACAAUGGAGACAGUGCUGUUGUAACCUUGAGUUACGGAGCUACCAACUCAUCAGGAUCGAAGAGGAGGAACCGGAGGCGGCGACCUAAGACUUCGCAGGGGGGACCAAACCUAGCGGCUCAACCGCCAGGAGCGGUCCCACCUGCCCCGAAGAGGAAGAUCAGACCAACGGGAGCGAGACAGGGUGAUCCAAACCCGGUGGCUAAACCACCGGGGGCGGUUCACUCUGCGCAGCCGCUCCCAGUUUCUGACCGGAAGCACUCGCCAGGAGCGGAACAGGGGGGACCAAAGCUGUCAGCUCCACUGACAGUGGCGAUCCCUCCUGACGACCCACCUGCUGAGAUGGAAACUGGACACGUCAUCGUGACGGACCCCCCAGCGAGCCCACAAGCGCCUUCCACUGAUGAUGUUGUUGCCGACCCUGCAGCCGGAGGGGAGUCCAAGAGGAGGAAGAUGUCAACGGUGUCCGAACCGGGGACACUCGACCAAUCCGAAUGGACUAUCGUUUGUGAAAACAUCCCAUCCAAAUGGCAGGGUUGUAUCCACGGCGACUUCACCGACACCAACCAACUAAAGGGACUCUGGAAUGAGAACAAUUGGCGAAACCUACCCAACGGAAUUGGAAAAUACCAACUUCACUCAACAGGAACUGGCAACCAGAUCCACGUGACUGCAAAACAGGACGGACUGUACAGGCAAGGACUCUUGAUACCGGAUAUGACCAAUACUACGAUCCAUCGUAUCCUCAAGAUAGUGCUGAGAGAUAUAUAUCCGGCAGCCAUCUACAGGAAUAUCAAGGUCUUGAUUGAAGGACUCCCCAACUUCAGGCCUGGACAGUCCAUCACCUCACCAUGAGUCCUGUUAUACCAACCUCCUACCAACCUUUACCUCCAUCCUCGUUGAGGAUGCAUGUUGUACGUGCUAACUAUCAAGCUUUCAUUUGGAACCAAGCUGAUAUGGCAUGUCCAGUCGUGCCAAAGCCAGAAAAUGGUCACGGAUGGGUACUAAAAGAAAACAAAUUGGUGUACCAAUGGACAGAAGAUGAAAUGCUUCUACAUGAUCUGGUAGAUUUGGUACUGGAACAGGUUUAUGACGAAAAGGAUAGUGGAAAUGACUACUACAACAUUCAAGAGGACAUAUUUGAUGAUGACGAUGACGACUACGACGAAGACGAUGGUGAUGGCGUUACGAUUUGACUGACAUUCCAGGAACACUGAAUACUAGACACAUAUAGUAAACAUUACCUUUUUCCAAAGGAAAUCAUAAAAUUAGUUUGCCCUUGACCAUGUGUGAUAUGUUUGAUGAUGAUGAUAAUGAUGUAAGAGGAUAUAUUUGACAACGACAAUGUUUAACCGGUAAUUCAGGAACAUUGAAUAUUUAAACACAUAGCAAAACAUUAAUGUUUGCCACAAAGUGAUAUAUUUAGAUUGACCUUGAUCGUGUGUAAUGACCUUGACCUUAAAUUACCUAGGUCAUGAUUGCAAUCAACUAGACAGCUUCAAAACUAUAUAUAUAGACACUUAUUUUGUGUUUUUAGGUUGCUUGGUUACAUAGAUAGGUCAUUUUCUGAAAUUCCAAUGUUUCAUCACUACGUUGCCAUGGCAACAGCCCUGGUGCUUACCCUCCACCAUCAAUUUUAUGGCAAACAAGCAGAUUAUGAUAGCUGAGGGUCCUGGCUAACUGAAAAACAUGGUGACCGAAAAUCCCUAAAGGGGGGGGGGGGGGGGGGG